UUUGCACUCUUCUCUCUCUCACGGUGCCACAGCAUGGCCAUCGACCACAUUCCGGAUGCGGAGGAGAUGAAGACGCUCGGUGAGCCGCACCAUUACGACGCCAACUUCAAGGGGCCGAUUGUGGAGCGGCAGUGCCGGGACGUGCUCUUCCUUCUGCUCUUCAUUCUCUUUAUCAUUGGUAUGGGUGUUGUCACCGUCAUCGCCUACCGCAUCGGCAACCCAAGCGGAUUUUGUACGGGACGGAUGCAGACGGCAAUGUGUGCGACACCAAGAACUCUGAUUUGCGCAACGGCAUCGACAUGCGUGGGCGGCCGUUUGUGUUUUUCGGCAACCCUCUCAAGCCGUUCCGUGACGAGAUCUGCGUGAAGAAGUGUCCUGUGGAUAACGUCAACAUUUUUGCGUUGUCGUACGACAAGGACAACAUUUAUUGCCGCAACGGCUACACCGGCAACAAGCCGCGGACAGACAUCCUGUACAUGGGAUGCACCGGCGACUGCCCGUGCUUCCCGGGCUACUCGUCGACGCCGAUCCUGCGGCGGUGUAUUCCUGCGCCGGGCUCCGAGACUGUGACCAACUCGUCAGACACGACAAACAUCAUGGACAAGAUCAACUCGACGGAGCUGUCGCGGCAGAUCAUGGCAGACAUCAACGCUGCCAAGUACAUCAUUCUGUUCCUGGCGGGCGUGGCUGUGGUGCUCUCGUUCUGCUGGCUUCUCCUUCUCAAGACCUUUACUGGGUGCCUGGUGUGGACGACGAUUAUUCUCGUUUCCGUGCUCUCUAUCACGAUCUCGACGCUGCUGUGCAUGGAGGCCAAGGAGGCGCGCGACGAGCACAACGACGCCAAGCGCAAGGGCGUGGACACGGUCGAGUCGCAGCUGCAGUACCGGACGAUGACGGCGUUUGCGGUGAUUGCGACGGUGGCGACGGCGGUUCUGCUCAUUGUUGUCCUCACCAUGCGCAACAAGAUCCGGCUGGCGAUCCAGAUCAUCAAGGAGGCCGGGGCGGCGCUGACGUCGAUGCCGUGCUUGUUCUGCGUCCCGAUCUGGACCUUUGUCAUUCUUGGCCUCUUCUUUGCGUACUGGAUCGCGACGGCGCUGUACCUGGCGACGGCCGGCGAGCCGCUGUAUGACCCGGAGACGGGCGAGUUUGUGACGUACAAGGCGUCCAAGGACGUGCGGCGGAUGCAGGCGUACCACGUCUUUGCCCUCCUCUGGGUCCUCGCCUUUAUCCUGGGCAUUCACGAAUGCACCAUUGCCGGCUCGAUCGCCACGUGGUACUUUUCGCACGACAACAAGGUCAAGGGCUUCCCCAUCCUGCGGUCGCUCAAGCGGACGCUGCGGUACCACACCGGGUCUGUCGCGCUCGGCUCGCUCAUCAUUGCCAUUGUGCAGUUUAUCCGUGUUUGCAUCGAGUACGUCCGCAUGCAGCUCAAAGGCAAAGACAACGACUUUGUCCGCUUCCUCCUCCGCUGCCUCGCGUACCUCUUUGCCUGCCUCGACCGCUUCCUUCGUUUCAUUUCGCGGAAUGCAUACAUCCAGAUCGCGAUCUACGGCGAGUCGUUCUGCACCUCGGCCCGCGAGGCCUUUGCCCUCCUCAUGCGUAACGCGUGGCGCCUCAUUGCUGUCCAGUUCAUCGGCGACUUUGUCAUCAACCUCGGCAAGCUUGUGGUGGUCGUCAUCGUCGCCAUUGUCGCCUUCUUCAUGCUCCGCGGCAAAGACGAGCUUGGCCUCCGCGAGGGCAUCGAGCUCAACUACUGGGCCAUUCCCUUUAUCCUCAUCUGUGUCCUCGCCUUUGCCGUUUGCACAGCUAUGAUGGGGCUCUACGAGCUGGCCAUCGACACCAUCUUCCUCUGCGCCAUGGAAGACUUUGAGCGCAACGACGGCUCGCUUGACCGCCCCUACUACGCUUCGGAGCCGCUGACCAAGCUCCUCAAGGAUAACGAGAAGCGCAAGAUGGACACCGAUCUUGGCAAGGACAACAUCUAGUCGCUUGCACCAUUUCAGUGAACUUGAACAUAUCGAA